GUCAAAAGCUGUCGGAAACAGCGCCCCAAAGAGGCAUCACAGCACAGUUCCUGCACCAUCAUCGCGAUGGACCCCAACAACAACCGGUGGCAGCCGGGUUUAGCAGCAACCGCCAACAGCAGCCGCAACCGUACCUUACGACAAUCCGGCUAACAACCCCGGCCGGUGACACGGGCUCGAUCAUCAAGCGCCCCCUGCUGAAGACCAUCCUCCAGAACGAACACUCAUAUCCGUUCACAAAAACCUCCAUGACCAGUACGGUCACCGAGUACACGUCGAGCUUUUACGAUCCGCAGAACAUUAACGCCAUGGCCCAAACGGUGUUCCAUCCGCCGCAGACGACGGAAUACGUUCAGCCAUCGAAGGCCCCGUUGAGCAACGAAAUUCGCACACCCUUUGUCACUCCGGUCGGCCCGUUCGUCACUACCGUUUCGCCGCCCCUAACGGUGCGACCGGCCACGACAACCACCACAACCGCUUCACCGGUUGUAACCUCAACCGAGAGGAUCUUCUCGCACUACAAACAACCGGCCACAUCGGCACCGAUGGAGCGGGGACCGCUUUACCUGAUCAUCGAGGGUCACUCGAAGGUGAAAACUUACGGGCUCAACACCAACGACACACUGAUGCAGCUUCCGCGCAUGGUGCCGGUGGCCAGCACCCGGGAUCCGAUCGUACGGCACGUC